ACUGUGAAUGAAUUCAGCCAUACUGAUCUUCUCAGUCUUGGAAAAGACAGAAGCCUUACUUGGUCACUUCUUCUUUAUUUGGGCCUUCUUACUCAUGGUCCAAGAGAAAGGCAUCUGAGAAUUCCCAAUAAUGUUAUAAAAACUGAGGUCCUGGAACAUAUUAUCAGCUAUCUGUACACACUUGAUCAAAUCAGGCAUCUGAUUGGUCCAGCAUUUGAUAGUCUUGUCAAUGGCAGUGUUGCUGAGUUUGCCACACUUCUAAAGACCUUCUUACAGACAAGAACACUGAAAUCACUGCAAACAGCAAGUGAGGCUGUGCUCCAGGGUAUUGUUGAGCUUCUUUUAGAUAAACCAACCAUGCAUGUGCCAGAGCUUUGGCUUGUGGUUGAUGACACCAAGAAAUAUGGAGCAGGUUGCAAUGGCUUUGUUGACAUGUUCAUCCCUCCACAACCUUCUGGAACUGUGGGUAAACGUACACAUGGUAUAAUACUGGAAUUGAAGUACAUCACCUUGGGAGGUCUAUGGAGUGGAGAGGCUGAAGAUUGGAAUAGGCCAUAUAGUUACAAGCAGUUGGAAGAUUUUAAAGAUAAGAUUCACAAGGAGGAUGAACAGUAUCUACUUACCAGAAAGUACAUGCAUUUUUCAAAGGACCUGAAGAAACCAGUGUUGACAACUGUGAGUGCUGUUAUGGAAGGUGCUGUGAAACAACUCAAGACAUACAUAGAUAUAGUGGCAAAGGGCAAAGGAGUGCCAGACAGCAGAAUCAAAAUUGGGGAAGGAAUUGAUUGUAUACAAGGACAUGUCAUUAUGGCAAUUGCAGGUGACCAUGUUCUGCUACACUCUACAGAAUUGAUACCAACUUCAAAUGAGUAUCACAAUAUGAUGCAGCUUUGA